CUUUCAACUCUCUUUAAUUAUUAGUUUUACUACUACUAUUAUUCUUGUGAUUUCCUUUCUUUUUUGUUCACUCAUUUUUUUAUUUUAAAAAAAAAUAACUUUCUAUAAAAAUGCUACCUUUUAUUUGGAGAGUCCUGAUCCUUUCGACAAUAGGCCUUGUGUCUGUCCAGGCACAGGCACAGGCACAAACACCAUCACAGACGCAGACACAGACACAGACACAGACACAGACACUUACAGGCAAUACGAACAGCACCAACGGUGUGUCACCGGUGUCUACACAGUAUAACGAUGCAUUUAAAUACCAUGGCGGAAAGAUGCUUUACGAUUCAGUCAAUGUCUAUGUAAUCUUCUAUGGCAACUGGACUUCUGAUCAGUCGGCCAAAGAACAAACAACUCUGCUCAAUUUUAUCGGAAAUGUGUCCAGUACACCCUGGUUUAAGCAAUUACAAGAAUACAAAGAUACCGACGGACACUCAGUUGCUGGACCCUUGAAAUUAUCGGCUGCAUUGACUGACUCUGGUAGCCAGGGUCUUAAUCUCACAGAUUCGGAAAUGCACAAAAAGAUUGUCCUUGACGCUGUUCAUUCGGGAUACCUUUCGGUGGAUAAUCAGAUUGAUCGAAAUGGUUUUUAUCUGAUAAUGGGCGCAAGUGAUGUCAGUGACACAGAUUUCUGUCGUGUAAACUGUGGUCAACAUGGCUACAGCGAUGAAUUCCAGUAUAUGUUUAUUGGUUAUCCUGGCAUUUGCCCUGAUCGUUGUAUCCCAAGCCUCAACCAACAGAACUCACCAAAUGGUAGUCCUGCACUAGACGCUGCGAUUACCAUCUUUUCGCAUGAGAUUCAGGAUGUGCUGACAGACCCUCGAGGUGAUGGUUGGGUUGUCCAGAAUAAUGACGGCAAGAUUGAGCUCGGUGACUUUUGCGCCGGCUCAGGUGUGACACAGCAAACGUGGUUUGGUAAUGUAACACAGCCUGAGGGACAGAAUGGAACUUAUAAUCUAGUCAUUGGGGAUGCCAAAUAUCUCGUACAAACAAUAUACAGCCAUGAGAAGAAAACGUGCGGGCUUUUAUAAGCUCAGUAUGGCUUUCUUUUCUUUUCUAUAUAUCU